AUGUACCGUGAGAGCCUGCUGGGUGUGGCACUUGGGGCGACGUUGGCCGAACUGGAGUCCGACUGCCUCCUCACUGAAGGGCAGAAACAGCAACUCUGGGAAAUAUUUGAUAUUGCCAUGGACCGGACGCUGGCGGAAGCGCCCGUCCGCUCACAAGUGCGCGUGCGCACGUCGGCACCGUCACUUGUGGGUCACGCCACUCUUGGAGGUGAAUCUGGUCUCAGUUCGAUUGACGCUCCCACGCUCAGCACGAGGCCUGCGGAAAUGGAGUUCCCCUUACCGCCUUCAGAGGUGACGCACACUGUAGCCACAACCCCCUGUGAUGUUCUGGACGAGGAAGUUUUGUACCCGGUUUACCGUGUGAAGGAUGGAAUGUGGACGAUACUCCUGAAGGACCCUAUCUUAGAACUGACGGACGCCACGGGGUCUACAGAGACCAUUCGACUAGAUUAUCUGAAAGUGUACCUGAAAGAGGUGGUGAGUCGUAGCGCAACUUCAGUAUCCGCGUCUUCGAGAAAAAAACGGAAGCGCUCGCGGCCCUAA